AUGGAGGAAACCGACAUAUCUGAGGACGUAUCGCUAUCAGCGUCAACUGUAACUCCCUCUCUGGUCUAUGAUGACGAAGCUGGAUUUGCACAGCAGCUAAAAUCACAUUUUCAACAUUUGGAAAACAAUCCAGUAACUGAUUCUUGGCUGCUGCAACUAGUGGUGUUAUGUGAGGCAUCGCACUUCAAUUUCGUGUAUACUCAAUCGCUACUGAUGCGCCUCGCUGAAAAGAGUAUACCGCACUCUUCAAUUGCCUUGGCUAUAUCGCAGCAACUCAAUGAUCGGUUUCAUCAUCAUGGUCAAGAAACCCAAACCAUGAUCCUAAACUUUCAAUGGCCAGAACAUAUCGUCGUCUUCCCCAGCUUGUCGGUCCGAGCAGCACCAUUCGACAAGGACAUCCGAGAAACGCUGCUCACUCUAUCUGCUGAAGCUGGAAACGGAAAAAUGGCGUCUGCUGGUGAUUUUAUGAAGAUCAAGAAUAAAUAUAGUGAAGCAACACCACCUUCAAUCAAGUAUCUACGUGAUCCCCGUAUCUUUGAAACAUUUUGUACAGAAAUAAUCGGCACAGAUCCACGUAUCGACGACAAACUCUUCCUAUUAUCCUACGCGUCAUGUUAUGUUGACGGUCUACCACCAGCAGAACUGAAAAAGGCGAGAGACAAGACGUCGCAGGAUAUUAAGACAUUCUUGAAUGUAUUUGCAAAGAUAAAAGGACCUGCUGAUUUGAAGGGACAGGAUUUCAUGAAGUUGUUGGAAUUGGCACUUGAACAUCCAGUCAUCAGCAUGUCACUCAUUCUGAAAUCCGUGAGGCUGGGCUUAUUACAACCAAUUUCGAUUCGUCAUGAUACGGAAUUGAACAAGACUCCAGCUAUAUUUGAUAUGUUUGAUGAGAUUGCCACACAACGACCACUAUCACGACCACAGAUAUUCAAAUGCUAUACGGAUGUUCUCAAAACCAAGUAUUCGCCAGACACGCUGACUUUGGAAGAAGAGAGUGAAUUCAAAAAGAAGAUCCUGGAUCAAAUCCUCUACCUCGUACGAAUCGGAUACUCCCAACACGUCUUGGACUAUAUAGCACGUACAGUGAAUACGAGGGAUGAAUCGCUAACGAUAUAUUUCAUUGUUCGGUUUCUGGAAAUCCUAGGCCCAACAUCCUCCAAAUCCUCCACCGUAAUCAACAUCACCCUAAACCUCGUACAAAACCUCACAUCCAAUCUCCUAAUACGUGAUGAAUCAGCCCUUGUCACAUACUAUGAAUCCCUACGUGACAUGCUUGAUACAUUCAACGACGACCACCACAUUGGGAUACGAGACUUGAUUGAGAACGUAUAUGGAAAAUUCAAAGAUGUCCCUGUUGUAAAUGCGAGUAAUAGACGAGGAAGCAGCGGAGGACAUGACGAUGAUGAUUUCCAUGUGCCGUCUGCUGAAGAGGAUGUUUCGUCGUCUGAGGAAGAAGAGGAGCAACAGCAAGAGGAGGAGGAAGAUGGGGAGGAUGAACCGAUGCAAGGAGAACAUCAUCAUAUGGUUAGUAGUGAGGGUGAUAAUGUCAUGCCAGGGGCCCGGGGUGCUAGGACGGUUUACGAUGAACAAGAUGUGAUUGUAAUCACAAUGUAG